AUGUCCGAGGGGGAUGAUCGAUAUCAGCGCACCGAGCCAGUGGGGCGGGGACUGCGGGGGUGGAGCGACGCCAUUGGUCGCCCGCCGUCCCGACGCCACCAAUGGGGCCGCGCGGCGCUGUGCCGACCCGGGGCUCUUUAUGGCUCAGUUACGACGAUGGCAGGACCAGGCCUUGUGGCACCAGACCACUUGCCCCUCUGGGACCUUGCGCCCUCAGCCGCUCAGCCCACAACGGGAGAAGUGAACGGGCCACCCAGCUAUGGGGAGCUGGCUUACUCAGCCCUGUGGGAUCAUCACUCGGCUCCAGGUUACCAUCCUGAACUUUUGCCUGGAUUCCCUUGCUCCUCUGACUUGUGGUCCGUCAACCCACACGGACCUUCUUCUGCUCACAGAGCUCAGUGCAUGAUUCAACAAAGAUUCAGCCAGAGGAGCUGCAGUGCGUCCUCGACCUCCAGUGUGGGCCACAAGAAGCCGAGGCGUCGGGUGGCAACCAUGGCGCAGCGCAGGGCAGCCAACAUCCGUGAAAGGCGCAGAAUGUUCAAUCUCAAUGAGGCGUUCGACAAACUCCGCAGGAAAGUGCCAACAUUCGCCUAUGAGAAGCGACUAUCCAGAAUAGAGACACUGAGGCUUGCCAUAACCUAUAUUUCGUUCAUGAGUGAACUGCUAAAUUGCACUGAGAAGGUUUCCGAUAGAGCUGCAUCACCUCUGUUCCAACUGCAAAACCAAAGGGAAUAUGUUCCCUAUUCUAUUCUGCCUACCUGAUUGUAUUGAUUACAAUGAACCAGAUAUUUAUGUUGAAUUUUGAUAUUGUAAAUUGAGAUCGUUUUCAUACAUGUAAUGAAUGUAAGGCUGUGCAUGGUUAGUGUUAGAGAUCCAAUACCUGCCAAAACAAAAGCACAUUAUAUAUAUAUAUAUAUAUAUAUAUAUAUAUAUAUAUAUAUAUAUA